UUUCAAGUUGAACGCAUCUCAUCAUUCCAAAACGUUCACAACUUUCAGACCAUUCUUAUCUCUCCUUUCCUCAAUCUUUCUUCUUUGAUUUCCCAAAGAAAACAAUUUCCCAAAGAAAACAAGAGAAUAUGGCAGCAGAGCUUUUUCUUACGUUUUCCAUGGAGGCGACUUUGACAAGGGUCAGUUCCAUAGCUGCUGAAGGGAUCAGACUUGCUUGGGGAUUGGAGGGACAGCUGCAAAAGCUGGAAGAGUCUUUGACCAUGAUCAAAGCUAAGCUCAAAGAUGCAGCCAGAAGGCCCGUAACAGACGAUUCUGCGAAGCUUUGGCUGGAGAAGCUACAAGAUGUAGCUUACGAUGCUGAAGAGGUUCUAGACGAGUUUGCUUAUGAGAUUCUCCGAAAAAACCAAAAGAAGGGAAAGGUACGUGACUGCUUUUCACUGCACAACCCUGUUGCAUUCCGUCUGAAUAUGGGUCAUAAAGUUAAGGAGAUCAAUGGAUCACUGGAUGAGAUUCAGAAACUUGCAACUCGCUUUGGGCUGGGAAUUGCAUCUCAACAUGUAGAGAGUGCUCCUGAAGUUAUCCGGGAUAUAGACCGAGAGACAGAUUCCUUGCUUGAAAGCUCAGAAGUUGUAGUAGGAAGAGACAAUGAUGUCUCUACAAUCAUGGAAUUGCUGAUUGGCUCGAUCGGUCAACAAGUUCUGUCUGUUGUCCCUAUUGUGGGGAUGGCAGGUCUUGGAAAGACUACCAUAGCAAAGAAAAUUUAUCAAUUAGCGAGGGAGAAAAAGCUUUUUGAUGUGACUCUAUGGGUUUGUGUCUCUAAUGAUUUUAGUAAAGGGAGGAUUUUAGGAGAGAUGUUGCAAAAUGUUGAUGAAACAACAAGUAGGUUGAGCAACCUAAAUGCAAUUAUGGAGAACCUUAAGAAAAAGCUGGAAAAGAAAACACUUCUUCUUGUUCUUGACGACGUGUGGAAUGAAGACCAUGCUAAGUGGGAUGAUUUGAAGGAGCAACUGUUAAAAAUUAACAGCAAGAAUGGGAAUGCUGUUGUUGUUACAACCCGCAGUAAGCAAGUCGCAGACAUGAUGGAGACUUCUCCAGGGAGUCAGCACGAGCCAGGAAAACUAUCAGAUGAUCAAUGUUGGUCCAUUAUCAAGCAAAAGGUGAGCAGGGGUGGAGGAGCAAUAAUAGCUUCAGAGUUGGAGUCUAUUGGAAAACAGAUUGCUAAGAAAUGUGGAGGGAUUCCAUUACUUGCUAAAGUUUUGGGAGGAACUCUUCACGGAAAGCAGGCACAGGAGUGGCGGUCAAUUCUAAAUAGUAGAAUUUGGGAUUCUCAGGAUGGAGAUAAAGCUUUGCGCAUAUUGAGACUCAGUUUCGAUUACUUGUCAUCGCCAACAUUGAAAAAAUGUUUUGCAUACUGUUCUAUUUUUCCUAAAGAUUUUGAAAUAGGAAGGGAAGAGCUAAUUCAACUUUGGAUGGCUGAAGGUUUUCUCAGGCCAUCAAAUGGGAGGAUGGAAGACGAAGGCGAUAAGUGUUUCAAUGACUUGCUUGCAAAUUCCUUUUUCCAAGAUGUCGAAAGGAAUGAGUGUGAGAUCGUAACAAGUUGCAAGAUGCAUGAUCUUGUGCAUGAUCUUGCAUUGCAGGUCUCAAAAUCAGAAGUGUUAAAUCUGGAGGAGGAUUCGGCUGUUGAUGGCGCAUCUCAUAUUCGUCAUCUAAAUCUCAUAUCUCGUGGGGAUGUUGAGGCAGCAUUUCCAGCGGUUGAUGCUAGAAAAUUGCGAACUGUUUUCUCAAUGGUUGAUGUAUUGAAUGGUUCUUGGAAAUUCAAAAGCUUGAGAACUCUCAAAUUGCGACGGUCUGGUAUCACAAAGUUACCAGAUUCAAUUUGCAAGCUGAGAUAUUUGAGAUAUCUUGAUGUCUCGGAUACUGCUAUCAGAGCAUUGCCGGAAUCCAUCACCAAGCUCUACCAUUUGGAAACAUUAAGAUUCACUGAUUGCAAGUCACUAGAAAAGCUUCCCAAGAAAAUGAGGAAUUUAGUGAGCUUGAGACAUCUUCAUUUUGAUGAUCCAAAGCUAGUGCCAGAUGAGGUGGGACUCUUAACACGCCUUCAAACUCUGCCUUUAUUUGCUGUGGGUCCAGAUCAUAUGGUUGAAGAGCUGGGGUGUUUGAAUGAACUAAGAGGAGAAUUGCAGAUAAGCAAGCUUGAGCAAGUGAGAGACGGAGAAGAAGCUGAGAAGGCAAAACUGCUUGAAAAAAGAAUGAACGAAUUGGUGUUUGAAUGGAGUGAUGAUGAAGGUAACAGCAAUGUUAACAACGAGUAUGUGCUGGAAGGCCUGCAGCCUCACCUAGACAUAAGAAGCUUGACAAUUGAGGGUUAUGGAGGUGAAUAUUUCCCAUCAUGGAUGUCUACAUUGCAACUCAAUAAUAUGACGGGGCUGAGAUUGAAUGGCUGCAGCAAGUUGAGGCAACUCCCAACACUUGGAUGUCUUCCUCGCCUUAAGAUUCUAGAGAUACGUGGAAUGCCUAAUGUGAAAUGUAUAGGCAAUGAGUUCUAUAGUAGCAGCAGUGGCAGUGCAGCCAUACUAUUUCCAGCACUAAAAGAACUCACUUUGUGGGGUAUGGAUGGUCUUGAAGAAUGGAUGGUACCAGGUGGAGAAGGUUAUCAAGUAUUUCCUUUUCUUGAAGUAUUGCGGAUUCAGCGGUGUGGAAAGUUGAAAAGCAUUCCGAUAUGUGGUCUUUCAUCUCUUGUAAAAUUUGUAAUUGACGGAUGUGAUGAACUGAGAUAUUUGUCUGGUGAAUUUCAUGGCUUCACGUCUCAUCAGAUUUUAAGGAUAUUUGAUUGUCCAAAGCUGACAUCCAUUCCAAACGUACAACACUGCACAGCUCUGGUGGAAUUGAAUAUAAGUAACUGCCCUGAGUUGAUCUCAAUUCCCGGUGAUUUCGGAGAAUUGUAUUCUUUGAAGACAUUGAUUGUUAGUGGGUGUAAAAUGGGAGCUCUUCCAAGCGGACUACAAUGUUGCGCAUCUCUAGAGGAAUUGUGGGUAGAGGAUUGGAGAGAGCUUAUCCAUAUCAGUGAUUUACAAGAAUUGUCUUCGCUUCGAACAUUAUGGAUUAGAGGUUGUGAUAAGCUCAUCAGUAUUGACUGGCAUGGUUUACGACAAUUGCAUUCUCUUGUUGAAUUAGAAAUCACCACGUGUCCCAGUUUGAGUUAUUUCCCAGAGGAUGAUUGCUUAGGCGGCCUCACCCAACUGAAGGAAUUGGGCAUCGGUGGUUACUCAGAGGAGAUGGAGGCUUUUCCUGCAGGACUUUUAAACUCAAUCCAACACCUCAACUUGAGUGGGUCCCUCAAAUCCCUCAGGAUAUAUGGAUGGGAUAAACUGAAGAGUGUACCCCACCAACUUCAACACCUCACUGCCCUCGAGACAUUGUGGAUAAUUGGUUUCAACGGUGAGGAAUUUGAGGAAGCAUUGCCAUAUUGGUUGGCCAACCUUUCUUCUCUUCAAUCUCUUUGGAUUUCUGGGUGCAAGAAUCUCAAGUAUCUGCCAAGUUCAACAGCCAUUCAACGCCUCUCCAAAUUAAAGGAAUUGUGGAUUUGGGGGGGAUGUCGACAUCUAUCAGAAAAUUGUAGAAAGGAGAAUGGCUCUGAGUGGCCCAAGAUUUCUCAUCUCCCAGAAAUUCAUAUAAGAUAGAGAGUACACGUGUACAGGUAAGUUGGGGUUUAAAUUAUUCCGUUACUUUGUAGUAUGCAGAGAGGAGAGAGAACCAAUUAAAGAAUUCAAAAUAAUGAAAGCAGCAAUAAUUAGAAUUCA